AUGCCUCAGCCUCAGAUUAAACAAGACCUCAACCGGUCGGGGUGGGAAACCACCGACUUCCCCUCCGUCUGCGAAAACUGCCUGCCCGAAAAUCCGUACGUGCAGAUGCUGAAAGAAGAUCACGGUGCAGAAUGCAAGAUCUGCACUCGCCCUUUUACCAUCUUCCGCUGGAAGGCCGACCGUACCGCGCGUACCAAGCGCACUGCCAUCUGCUUGACCUGCGCUCGGUUGAAGAACUGCUGCCAGUGCUGUAUGCUCGAUUUGUCUUUCGGCCUUCCCAUCGUCGUGCGUGAUGCCGCUCUCAAGAUGGUGGCUCCCGGCCCCGAAAGCACGAUCAACCGCGAAUACUACGCCCAAGGACACGAGAAGGAGAUCGAAGAAGGACGCGGGGCGGUAGAGGAAUACGAAAAGACGGACGAAAAAGCGCGUGACCUGCUGCGACGACUCGCACACAGCGAACCCUACUACAGAAAACCUCGGCAGAUCGAAGCCCCGCGCGAUGAGGAGGGCGAGGCGCCGUCCGCCGACGGUCCGGUUAUGCAUAGUCGAUAUGGCAACGGACCGGGUCCGAUUCGAACAAGCGACAGUAGAAGAGGGACGCCUCUGCCUGGAAGAGGACGGGGUGGAAUGCGUGGUGGCCGCGGCGGUCGUCCGUUCCCCGGAACUGCUCAGUUGCCGCCGUCGCAAGACGAUAUUCUUCCCCCCGCGGACCCGAACGUUACGUCUCUCUUUGUCACGGGUGUCGAGGACGACCUACCCGAGCAUACUCUGCGUUCUUUCUUCUCCGAGUUCGGUCAACUCCGGUCGCUCGUCUGCUCCCACCGCGCUCACUCUGCGUUCGUCAACUUUGCUACACGCGAGGGCGCCGAAGCCGCUGCCAAACAGUGCCAAGGAAAGGCUGUCAUCAAGGGCUGUCCGCUGCGGAUUCGGUGGGGCAAACCCAAGCCGCUGGACAAUAUGGACCGCGAGGAGAGAUUGAAACAUGCUCGUGAGGGACGAUCGGCCGUCGGGACAUCCAGGGGACCAGGCUCCGGCAACAAGGCCAUCACCGCGGCGGGCGAGGGAGCCGUCGACAAGCCGGAGGCGCCCCGAAAUAUCGUGGCUCCGCCCCCGGGCAGCGGCGAGAUCCAGUACACCAGUCUGUCUGGCGAUUAA